AUGACCACCACAAUUCAGGACAAAGACCAGUGGAGCGCCAACGCGGGUACUUACGCCGAAGGCAGCAAGAGUAUCAACCUCAGCAACGCCCCUACCGAGACUCUGUUCACGCACCUGAAUAAUGCAUACCACUUUUCAACAGCCAGUGCCAUUCUGGACGUCGGAAGUGGGCCCGGAAUUACCAUCGGGAAGCUGAUCGAAAUCUAUGGAUCUCGACUCCCUCCUAAUGCGCAGUUAAUCGCGUCCGAUUUCAGCGCUGGCAUGAUAGACCAAGUCCAGAAGAUCAAAGAUGAGAAGGCGGGCGAGGACCCCAUCUGGAGACGAGUGGAGCCAAGAGUACUCGAUGCUCACACCCUGGAUGGAAUUGAAGACUCAUCUAUGAGUCACAUCACCGGCACUAUGGUAUACAAUCUAGUAGCCAAUGGUAGACAAGCUCUCGAGGCGGCUCAUCGUGUUCUCCAACCCGGAGGUGUCAUUGGGAUGACGCUUGGCGCAGGUGCUGAAUGGAUGGAGCUGGUAAUAAUAUGCCUUUCGAUAUCCACAUCUGUCCCCCUACAACAACUUUUUUCUUGUUAG